AUGACGAGAUUACCGGAGCUGAACACCACAGACGCAUACAGUGACCAAAACUCCACAAAUGAAACGCAGUGCAUCAAUUUAAAUGAUUGGGGUUGGCUCACCCGUCACCAGCCAGCCUACUUGUUCAUCAUCACGGUGCUGGGAAUCGUGUUAAACGUCUUCGUGCUGCUGGUCUUCUGCCUCCACAAGAAGGCGUGCACGGUAGCCGAAAUCUACCUCAGCAACCUGGCGGCCGCCGACCUUCUCCUGGUGUCUUGUCUGCCCUUCUGGGCCGUCAACAUCAGCCAAGGUUUCAACUGGCCUUUUGGAGAGGCCCUUUGCAAAAUGGUCAACGCAGGCAUGAAGAUGAACGCUUACUGCAGCAUCUACUUCCUUGUCCUGGUUAGCAUGGAUCGCUAUGUGGCGCUGGUGCAUCCGAUGUCCUACGGGCGAAUGCGUCGUCCUAAGUAUGCCAAACUGGGAUGUUUGCUGGUGUGGGGCUUGGGCUUGUUACUGAGCGCUUCAACGCUGAUUUUCAGGGCGGUGAAGUAUUUUCCAGAGCAUAACGUUCGAGCUUGCAUCUCGGAUUAUCCGAGCCAAAUGGUAGAGCUGGUCUGCGACGGGAUGCUGAUCACCUUUAGCUUCAUCAUCCCUAUUUCCAUCAUCGCAUUCUGCACCAUCACAAUCAUCCGGGCGCUAAAGAAACAGUCACUUGCGAGGUCCAAAGCCCAGAAGAGUGAGCAGAAGGCCACCACGCUGGUGCUGGCCGUCCUCGUAACCUUCCUCAUCUGCUGGGUGCCUUUUCACUUCAUCACCGUACUAGAUGUGCUCCGUAAAACAAACAUUUUGGUAGGAUGUGCCCUCGAAAGAGUUUUAGCAGUUUGCGACCAGAUCUUUGUCUACCUGUCUAUUUUCAACAGCGUCGUCAAUCCUAUCUUGUAUGUCAUUAUUGGGAAAAAUUUCCGGAAAAAGGUUCAGGAAGUCUGCAAACAGUGUGGCGUCAGCAGGGAGACAACCGCGUCAACGCGUUCUGACACUUCCGCAACACUGACGACUUUCACAUAAGAAUGGUUUCAGGUACAUGUUGGUCUCCUUAAAUCCCUCAGGGGGAUAUUCCAGAAUGACAUUCCAAAACAGAUACUCAUUAGCACAGCAACAUUGCUGUUCCAUGUUUUGUUGUUGUUUGUUACUAGGCAGAA